UUUGUUUUGUUUAUUUUGAUUUUUCAAUUAUUAAAGUUGUACUAAAAGCAAAAUACUCAAAAUUGAAUUCCACUUUUCUCAAAUUACGUUUUACUUUGUAUGAAAUGACAAAACAUUUAGUGCAAACCUGUCGAAACAAUUAAGAAGUUGGUUACGAGUUUUCAGUUUCAGUUAACUAGUUUUCAUCUCGAAACUACUUCAAAUCGUGAUGUCGAAAAAAAGGGGAGUCAGUGCUGAUGAGAAAAGGUCGCGCAUGCUUAAUUUGUUUUAUGAGAAAAAAGAUGUUUUUCAGUUAAAAGAGCUUGAAAGGAUUGCGCCUAAAGAGAAAGGUAUUGUGGCUCAAUCAGUUAAAGAGGUAGUCCAAUCACUUGUGGAUGAAGGUUUGGUAGACUCUGAAAAAGUCGGUACUAGUGUGUAUUUUUGGGCAUUUCCUAGUAAAUCUGUCAAUACUAAAAAGCGUCGACUGACUGAACUUAAAGAAAAAUGUGAUGAAUUGAAAAAGAAGCUCAAAGGUUUAGAGCAACAAAUUGCAACUGCUCAAUGUGGUAGGGAAAAUAAUUCGGAGAGGGAAAAAAUAUUGAAGGAAUUGGCUGAACAUGAAAAAACAGUUAACGAAAUGAAAAUAAAAAUUGAUAAAUAUAAAGAUUCUGAUCCUGAAGCUUUAGAACUAAUAAAACAAGACACUGAAGCUUAUAAAGAAGAAGCCAAUUUAUGGACAGAUAAUAUUUUUGCAAUUAAAUCUUGGUGUAAGAAAAAGUUUUUCAUUGAAGAAGCCCAGAUUAACAAACAGUUUGGUAUUCCCGAGGAAUUAGAUUAUUUAGAGUGAAAAGCAUGUUACAGUUUUGGUUUAUUCAUAGUUAAUUGUUUUGUUUAUUUAUGAUAAGAAAACUAGCUAGUGUGUUGUUUAGCUGGAAUUUAAGUUUUAAGUAUAUUCUGUAAGUUUUGUUAUAGAAAGUAAAGUAUGUAUUAAAAAAA